AUGGAUGAAAUCGACAAUGGUCGAAAACGACUAAGGAAAUCAACUAAGACAGAAGAAGACCGAUUGAGUGCACUUCCAGACGAGAUUCUCAUCGAAAUACUCUCUCUUUUCUCAAUCAAUUCCGCCGCUGCUACCUCCGUCUUAUCCUCUAGAUGGCGUUACCUUUGGACUAAAGUUACCACUUUCAACUUCAACUCUAACAAGUCCAAAAAAAACUCACGUAAAAUCACCGAUAUCCUCGGUGACAUCUUACAACAACUCACCUCGUCGAAACUUCAUACUUUCAACCUUCAGCUGCACUCGCUAUGCAAACUACUUAAACCUUGUGUAGCAGAAUCAUGUUUACGUGAAAUAUGUCGUCGAAAACCAGACCAUAUUAAAGUCAAUAGCAAACGUGAGUUUUUCCAUGUACCCGAGUUAUUGUUUAAGACUCAAUCACUGGUAACUUUGGAAUUAUCAGGUGUGGUUUGCUUCAGUAACUUCGUGCUUGAAAAUAUUCAACUACCUAAUUUGAAACACCUUACUUUGGGCUGCCUGUUCGACGUCCAUUCUUGGUUGGAGAAUCUAGUUAGAUGUCUUCCUAUGUUAGAAGAAUUAGAUUUGAGGUUCGAGAGCUACUAUCAGCUUCAGAAGACACCAAUUUCGAUUCUGAAUAUAUGUGCUCUAAAUUUGAAGUUAUUGAGGAUAGAGAUGCACAGUCAGUGGCGAACACAACGCACCAAUAUCUUUAUUAAUGCACCUGAAUUGACGUACCUUUCAAUAUCUGAUCCGAAUUCUUUUUAUUACUUUCGCCAUCAUCCAUCUACAUUAGUCACAGCAGAUAUCAACUUUACCAUAGAAGACGUAUUUGGAGGCGAUAGGAAGUGGAUGGAUGGAAGCAAAGAUUAUAUUCACCAAGUUUCUAGAUUUGUUGGAGGAAUGUCUAAUGUUAAAGAGCUUUACCUAAUGCUAGAUAGCGAAACCAAUAUAUACAGCUAUUACAAGUUUGAGAAACAUAGGCUUUUGCCAAUCUUUCAUAAUCUAGCCUAUCUUAAUGUGAGCUUUGAAGAUGUUGGUCUUAUUGUUUGGAAAGAUUUGCUACUCUCUAUGCACUGCUUUCCCAACUUAAACCAACUUGUGGUGAGCCUAAAUACGGGUUGCCCUAUCCCUGUGGAGCGUUCGGGGUGGUGUGAUGCACCAGAUUCUAUACCAGAUUGUUUAGUGAAUAAGCUCAAGAGAAUAGAAAUAUCUGGACUUGGCGUCCAUGUCGAGCUUAGGUUACUAAAAUAUAUUCUAAGUCAUGCAACUGUUUUGGAAGAGCUUCACAUAUGUGUUCGUUACAAGAGUCCAAUUUGCAAAAAAACUCAACUAUGGAAUGAAUGUGCUUUCUGUACAUCCUUGUUCAGUCUUCCAAGGGCCUCUUCAACUUGUGAGAUUGUAUUUUCAGGAUUGCAUAUCCAAGCAUCAAGCAAUGAUUCUAAAAAUGGACACCUUGCGUGUGAAAUGAUCGGCUUUGAUGUUACAUAA